AUGCUGGCCAUGGUCUACAAAUACAGCUCCAGGCUCUUGCUGCCCCUUUUUCUUUUCUUUGUUUUGAUGAGCCAGCUGAUGAGACUUUGUUGCUUAUCGCCCCAGCGACAUCUGAGAGACGAGCUAGAGCUCGCAGGCUCUGGGACCAAUCCUGAACAGAUAUGGAUCAACUUGUGCCAGCCAGGGUUCUUGCAGGAUGAUGCGAUCCGCCUCUAUGUUCGUGCUGGGCCUGUUUUCGAGGUUGUCAAGUGGAUCAAGUCUUAUGCUGGAACCUUAGGGCUUACUCGCGAGCAGACUUUCGUCAAGAAAGAGGCAACAGCUGAGGAUAUUAUCCUCCUCAUAAGGACUCUUUGGCAGCAGUCCAUAGAUAUCCCUUGCGCGCCUAUUAUACGGAUUGCCUUUCACCUUGUGGUACUUCUCAGUGGCAUUGGUGGCUUUCGUCCAGGUUGCCUUAUGGAUCUCAAGUAUAGUCAGAUCGCUCUUGACCUGAUGCUUGAUUCCAAGGGGGAAAGACGACUUGUUGCUACCUUUACCAUCUACCAGAACAAGCAGCGAACCGGUACUAUCAGGCAGGAUCAAGCGAAUAUCUUGAGCUUUUCUGCUGUGCUGAAUCCUAAGAGUCUCUUUUGCCCUGUCAGUCUUGUUAUCGCUCGGGCCCUUGCGGACCAAGCUUUCAAUGUUCCAACGGACUCGCUUGAUAAGUUGAUGUCAAGGCCAAAUCUCGAAGACAGCAAGCGCCUGAGGUUCAAGUGGAAAGACGAGCUACUGGACAGGCCGAUAUUUCCUAUCGAUUACCAUACUUUCGGGGCGCUAUGGAAUCGUACAACGCUUGUCGCCGGAUACCCCGAACGCACCCGUCCGUACUCAUUGCGCGUUGGCGCAGCGAAUAGGCUUGACGGCGUGCUCGAGCCAGCAUUGCGGAAUUACAUCCUGUCUCACAGUAGUGGCAUUUUCCAGCGUAGCUACCAGGCAAGACAGCUUCGACAGAACCUUCUGCCGAUCCUAUCCCCAGAAGCCUCAGCCGACGAUGAUCUGUUCGCGCUGCUGCGCCAGUCAUCUUUAGAUUGUGACAGCAGGGCUCCGAUCUACGUGAAGCGGACCGACAUCGACCACUGGGAACAUACUCGCAACGAUCUGCGUCAAUGUGCAGAACAGGGUAAUUGGCAGCGUCGUUCUGUCAUCAUUCGGAGCUUAUCGCGUCUGCUGAUUGACGAGAGGAGGCGACAGUACUUCCAGGCCGCGGGUGAUCUGAGGGCCCGUGGACAAGCGGUUGACGGGUUGGCAGAGCCACAUCAGAACCAUGCACGCCAGUCCAUCUACGCGAGCACCUCUUCGCCCGCGGAAGCGGUUGCAUCCCUUUUGGGGCUGGCUGACGGUGACCCCCUCAGUCAUGCAAGAGCGUAUAUCGAGAGACUGGUUGCGUACCAAGUUACCAACACGGGCCCGCCUCAGCCUCAGCAUCCGCCCCCCACCAUUUGGCCAAUUUCUAAAGAUGAGCCUCAGAGCACUGAAGAAGAUGCUCUGAGCGAGCCCUCCGGGAAGCUGGUCGGAACGCAGGAAGACGCUUCACAUGCCUCCUCUGCCGCGGGGCCUUCGCUUCAGUGCACGGGCUGUCCAGACACACCGCGCGGGUCCACCAACGAGACUUCGAGAAACCGUUCCCCUGCCCACGAUGUUGCGAGGGGCAUAUCGUGA